AUGUUGGGCUACCAGUGCGUCGUAGGCAAUGCGGACGCGUGUGUGCCCAUCGAUGUAUCGGUACUGGCUGGGCACCAAGGUGUCGAUGAGGAUCCCGAAUGCCUUUUGGAGUUGAUGCAUGCCCACUUUGUGGGCCGUUGUUUGCAUUGUUUGCUUCGUCCUUUUGGUGCGACGGUGCAAGCGACGAAGCCAAACGAAAUCCUACACUGGGAUUUUCUGUUUAUGGAUGGCGGCUACAUCCUAGUGGCCAAGGACGAUUUCAGCCAGUUCAGUGGCUCUGGGCAACCGACGCUGCGAACGCGCAAGUUGUGCGACCAAGCGUCGCAAUUCAAGAACGAGGUGAUCGUUGAGCUCCAACAUGUCCUUAGAGCUCAUCACCAUUUCACCAAGGCGAGAUGUCCGUGGGCAAAUGGCACAGUCGAAAGUGCCAUGAAAACGACCCUGAAGACGUUCCGAGCGCUGCUCUUGGAGUGGUUGAUGCGAUUGGAUCAAUGGCGACUGAUUGUGCUAGUCGUGAUGUUGAUCCUCAACCACAGCCCCCCGGACACCAUCGGUGGUGUCGCGCCGAUUACGGCGAUGACCGGUAUACGAGCAAUGUCACCGCUCGAUCUAAUUUGUGUGGACGGGCCCAUCCAGUCAACGACCUUGGAAGACCUUUGGUCCGUGCGACAUGACGAGGUCAAGGCGAUGGCGAAGGCCUUGGACAUUAUGCACGAACAAGUCGCGUCAAAAUCGGCGAAGAAACGCGAUCGCCGUGCGACGAACGUCACGUGGCGUGGUCCCGCCCAAGUUGUCCGAGUUAUCUCGGAUUGGAUCUACGAGAUCCAAAAUUUGAUCACGGGAGUCGCUCGUGAAGCCCACAGCAGUCGGCUAAAAUUCUAUGCCGACGAUUCACUCGACGUGAGUGAGGACCUUCUGCGCCAUGUGGCGUACAAUGCCGACGGACACGUCGUGGACGAUUUCCUCGGCUGUCGCUGGCGCGGCCUACAAAUCAUCGAAAACUCGUGGGAGCCAGCGACAAACUUGCUGGAAGAUCUCCCCCUCGCGUUCAAAAAGUAUGCGCGGGCCAACGCCCAAGAUGCCACGGUGGUGGCGAUGGCGAAGGCGUUGGGGGUGUUGCAAUCGUUGGGGGGGAUUGUUGCGAAUUUGCCAUUCGCAGAACCCCUUGGCUCCCAUCAAGAGGCAGCCCAAGGGUUCAGUUCCCUUGGGUGGGUUAAGCCCCAGUAG